AAAAUGGCUGCCAUAUUAGCUUUGAAAGAUUAUGGAAGUAGCGAAAGCGAAGACGAUAAGGAGGAGAACGGCGACAAAUUGCAGUCUCUGUAUUCGAAAUAUACAAUAAAUUCCGCACCGGACGUCGUGAGUAACGAUUACGGACGUGAUAUACACGCGGUGGAUCCCACGUCCAAGGUUUUGAGUUACAACCCCAAGUUCGAUCAGUUGUAUGCCCCAGUUUUGGGUCCAGAAAACCCAUUUAAGACACAACAGCAAAGAGCUGAUAAAAACAUGCUGUCGGGAUUCGUAGAAGCUGCACACGUUAAUGAUUUCCACUUCGAAUCCCAACGCAGAACAUUCGCUAGUUAUGGCUAUGCUCUAGAUCCUACAGUUGACACUCAGAAGGAAGCCCAAUUGAUUGGUAAAUUGGAAGGAAAUCCAGAAGUUGGUGUGACAGUUUUCGAGAAAAUUAAAGCUAGAGAAGGGGAUAAACGCAAGAGGUUAAAGAACUCUGAUCCGUCGGAUAUUGAAGGCUUCCUGGGCCCCUGGGCCGCCUACGAAGAUGAGAAACGCAACAUCAAACCGACUCCGGAAGAACAGGAGGAACUGAACGAGAUUAUAGCCAAGAGACAGAAGCGAGGUAAACAGACGGACGAUAAACCGAUGGAGGAGAAGACGAUACUGCACAUAAAAGAUCCUUACGAUUAUCAGGGAAGGUCGUUCCUGAACAUCCCGUUAGAUGUCGGCGUUAAUCUGAAGUCGGAAGAUCCGCCGGAAAAGUGCUUCAUACCGAAGAAACUCAUUCAUACCUGGAGCGGUCACACCAAAGGAAUUUCGGCGAUUCGUUGGUUUCCCAAAUCCGGUCAUUUGUUGCUCUCGUGCAGCAUGGAUUGUAAAGUUAAGUUGUGGGAGGUUUAUAAUGAAAGAAGAUGCAUUAGAACUUACAAUGGACAUAGACAGGCCGUCCGGGACAUUAGUUUUAACAACGGCGGAACCAAGUUUCUUUCUGCGGGUUACGAUAGGUAUGUGAAAUUGUGGGAUACGGAAACGGGAGAAUGUCUUACUCGUUUUACUAAUCGUAAAAUAGCUUACUGUGUGAAGUUUAAUCCCGAUGAUGACAAACAGCAUCUCUUUGUUGCCGGAACGUCGGAUAAAAAGAUUGUUUGCUGGGAUAUUCGUUCCGGAGAAAUAGUGCAGGAAUACGAUAGACAUCUCGGUGCCGUCAACACAAUAACGUUUGUCGAUGAAAAUCGUCGAUUUGUAUCUACGUCAGAUGACAAGAGUAUGAGAGUUUGGGAAUGGGACAUUCCAGUCGACAUGAAGUACAUUGCCGAUCCUACUAUGCACUCGAUGCCUGCCGUUACGCUCUCUCCAAAUGGUAAAUGGUUAGCUUGUCAGUCGAUGGAUAACAAAAUCAUGAUUUUUUCUGCAUUAAAUCGUUUCAAAUUAAACAGAAAGAAAACUUUUACUGGACACAUGGUUGCCGGAUACGCAUGUAGUUUGGAUUUUUCUCCGGACAUGAGUUAUCUAAUAUCUGGCGAUGCCGACGGAAAAGUUUAUAUUUGGGAUUGGAAAACAACAAAACUCUAUACCAAAUUUAAAGCUCACGAUAAUGUUUGUAUCGGAGCACUUUGGCACCCUCACGAAACAUCUAAAGUGGCCACGGCUGGAUGGGAUAACGUCAUAAAGUUUUGGGACUAAAACAAUAAAUGUAAAUAUUUUAAAUUGUGUAUAAGUGUUAAAAAAAAAUAAAAGUGCAUAAAACGAUUCUGUUGACACAAAUGUUUUGAUAAAAUGUAUUUGUAAAUGUUAAUUUUAGAAAUAUUUUUUAUAGAUAUUCUAUAUAAAAAUCUCAUUCUGGUUAAAAUAUAUAUUUUAGCUAGAAUGUGAGUGUGAUAAAA